CCUCGAGUGCGCAUGCGCGAAGGGUUGACGUGCGCUGAGCUUAGAAGAAAAGGAACGGCCGGCGCCAUGCGCUUCCAUCAGACUCGCGGCUUGCGCUGAGACUUCAAAACUGUCAUAAUAUAAACACCCCGGUAAUAUAAGAGGGUCAACGUUUUCUUUUGUCAAACACCCGGGAAUAAAGACUGGAAUGACAAUUCGCGGCGGAGGUAGGGGGACGGCGCUUGUUGAUAGUUGUGGUAAAGUUGCAUGGUGAUACUGUAAGCAAGUAGUAUUAUUGUAUGGACGUAAAGCGUUGAAACAUGGAGGGAAAGUCAAAGGAAAGCGAAAAACUUGAGAGAGAUCGGCAGUAUUGUGAGCUCUGUGGGAAAAUGGAGAGCCUUAUGAAGUGUGGACGGUGUCGCAGCUCGUUUUACUGCAGCAAAGAGCACCAGAGACAAGACUGGAGGAAGCACAAGCAAGUGUGCAAGGAGGCCGACAAGCAGCAGGCAGACCCCGCGCAAGAGCCAGUCACAGAACACGGUGCGAUUCCGUGUAAUGCUGCCGAACAUUCAAAACAACACAGCACUUCUCAAAGUAACGCCGCAGCCGUGACGUCAGGCGGCGAAAAAAAGAAAGAUCUUAUCAAACCCGCCGCAGGCUCGGAAACCGCGAUUGACGCGAACCCCACCGGGGACAGCUUGAAACCCAACGGCCAGACGAGGUCCACUCCUCAAAAACUGGCCACGGACUAUAUCGUGCCCUGCAUGAACAAGCACGGCAUCUGCGUGGUGGACAACUUCCUCGGAGACGAGAUCGGACGCAACAUUCUGAAGGAUGUCAAAGCCCUUUACCUGACCGGCGGCUUCACGGACGGACAGCUGGUUAGUCAGAGGAGCGAUUCGUCCAAAGACAUUCGGGGUGAUAAGAUAACCUGGGUGGAGGGGAAAGAACCGGGCUGCGAGCGCAUAUCGUUUCUUAUGAGCCGAAUGGACGAUCUGAUACGACACUGUAACGGUAAACUGGGAAACUACAGGAUCAAUGGAAGGACGAAGGCGAUGGUGGCAUGUUACCCUGGCAACGGGACAGGAUACGUACGGCAUGUGGAUAACCCUAACGGAGAUGGGAGAUGUGUCACGUGCAUAUAUUACCUGAAUAAAGACUGGAAUGCCAAGGAACACGGUGGUCUUCUGCGGAUCUUUCCAGAGGGAACAGCUCAGUUUGCAGACAUCGAGCCCAAGUUUGAUAGACUCAUACUCUUCUGGUCAGACAGACGCAACCCGCACGAGGUUCAACCGGCGUACUCCACCAGGUAUGCCAUAACAGUGUGGUAUUUUGACGCUGAUGAACGAGCUCGAGCUAAAGAGAAAUAUCUAACAGGUGCAGGUGAAAAGGGCGUGAAAAUGGAACUAAACCGAUCGUCUGAGCCCAGCUAGCAAAUCAGGAAUUGAAUGAAGAGUCGUCGCCUGAAUGAUCCUCCAGAGUCCUUCUGCCUGCUGCUGCGAGAGGGAUGAACAGAGAAGAAAAGCCACUUUCUCUCUUUCAAUCCUCCAUCUAUCAUCUGAGGGGCUUCUCAUAGGGACUUUUAUCGUGGUAGAGCUGUGCUGCAUGGACAGAUAUGCAGAAAUACGCUUUGUGUAUCUUUUAUGAAGAAUGCUGGCUUACAUGUUAAUAGGAAGGACUGAAUGCUACAAUUCAAGCAAGUGUGUGUCCAGACUGUUCAAUACAAGGUUAUUUUGAGCUAUGACCCCCCAAAACCAUUCUCUCUUUGCACAUGUAUUAAUAAAGGUACAGUUUGUCAACUACAAACAAAACAAAAAACCCUUUUCAAGGUUAUAAGCUCAGCAAAAUGUGUUGUUUGUGUUAUUCUGCUCAUCAGCCACAGUCAUUAUUGCGUUUUUGUAUGGUUCGUAAUACAGUUUUCAGGGUUUCCUCUUGACCUAGGAUGUGCUCCUGAAUCAUGGCUUGCAUCUGUUGCUUAGUUACCGGGUGCAUUGCUGGAUCGCCUUUGCCAGUAAACAGCGAUAUGUCUGUUGUUGCAGACGUUUUGUCUACAGUAUGUUGUCUCAAGCCAAAACUGACACCUCAUGUGUAACAGCUCUUGAGUUUUAAAUAAAAGGCAUUUUUCUCCGGA